UGUUUUGAAGGUCGUUAGAGAUUGUUAGAUUUUUCAGUUGUCGACUAUUCUAGCAAUCUCGGGUUUCUUAUUAUUAUUCGCUGAGGUCAGAACCGCUGAUUUCUGGUAGUUUUCCAUAGUGUCCGUUAUUUCCGUUCAAAAAGAUUGGGUUUUCAGUUAGUUUCUUGCAACAACCCAACGUAUUUAUAGUUUAUAGAAAUGGAUCUUAAAUCUGGAUAUCUUAAAGCUCAUCUGUUAUCAUCAUCUGAAUAUUUAGAAGGGAAGAACAUAGUGCGAAAUAAACUUUUGGAUGGACGUUCAGAUAUAACCUCAUCAGCUUCCAAUAUACUUUCAAAAUACUCACAAAAUAACAAACUAUUAGAUUCGUCUAUCAGUCUUUCAUGUACAAGAUCAGUCUUAAGUUGUGAUCGCAAAGAAACAACCAGAUCUGUUGAUAGGCAUCAUGAGGAGAAUCAAACAAGCGAUCCAAGUUCACUCAAAUCAACACCUAUCGAGUGGCUGAAAGAUGCUAUGAUAAAAAUUCCGGACACCAGUUUCCAAAAUAUACUGGAAUGUACGGUUGAUGGUGCUACGAAAAGCAAUCAUAUUCGUGCUUCAUUUGAUGAAUUACAAACAUACGAACGCAGCGAUACCUACAAACAGCUAAAGCUAGACUUACUUAGCUGCAUAUCCUCCUCUGUAGUGGAUGGCAGUCCAUCCAAAGAAAAAAAAAUUGUUUUAGGACAAUUAGUUAACGCUUGUAUUGAUAAAGAUCCAGAGUUUAUACUCAAAGCCGCUUUGUAUUGCCGUAGAGAGUUGAAUAUACGUACAACAACAAAUAUGUUGGUGGCUUUUGCUAGCCUUAAUGAGCAGUCUCGAUCUUUUAUCAAGAAGUAUUUUUCUUCGUGUAUUCGUACACCAUCAGACUGGAUAGAGGUUGCUGAAUACUAUGCAGUAAUGAGUGGCAAUUCAAGUUUGAAGGGUAUGUCGCAAGUCUUACGAAGUAGUAUGACAUCAAAGUUUCUUGAAUUCGAUCAAUACCAACUUGCUAAACAUUGCAAACACAGAGCAAGAGCUAGUCGUUCGAUUAAAUCGAAGACUCUGGCAAAAAACAAGAAUGGCGGAGUAGCCAGUAUAAAUAUUGAUACUGUUUUGUACAGACUGGCGAACUCACCGCGUAUAUACUUUACAAUGAAAGAACUCAUUCGUAGGCUGCAUAUAUCAAGGCCCAAGUUUAACGUUAUGUGCAUUCUGGGAAAACCUUACCCAUCAGAUUAUACUGAUUUUAUUCGUAUGGGACUAGAAGGAGAAUGGGAUUUAUCCAAAGCAGGAACGCGUAUGAAGUUUCCUGUUCCUACUACAUGGGAGACAGAAUUGUCAAUCAAUGGUAACAAUUCACAAUCUUGGUCGAAGCUUAUAACUUUAAAUAAAGUCCCACAUAUGGCAAUGUUAAGAAAUUUACGUAAUAUUUUUCGAUCUGGUAUUCAAAAGGACAUACAUGAGAUAGUCUUAAAGAGGCUUACAAAUCCUCGUAUUAUUAUAGAAGGAAAACAAUUUCCGUUUCGUUAUCUUACGGCUUUUAAUACUAUUGAUAAGGUGAAACGCGAUUUAACUUAUCAAGUAUUUGUAUCUCGUACUACAGGUAAGUGA